GCGGAUUUCAGUUGAAGAUUCUCCACGAGACGGAAUUCGACAACAAAAUAAAACAGGGAGAGUGCCACUGCCAUGAACGGAAAAGGUAUUCGAAGGAAAAAAUCAUGCCAAUCAGAAGUGAAAGUUGCCGUUAUUGGCGCGCCUGGUGUCGGAAAGAGUGCCCUGUCCGUGAGGUUCCUGACGAGAAGGUAUAUCGGUGAAUACGACCACACGUCAGCGACCGUCGUUGAAACACGUAAACAGACACUAUAAGUCUUUCGUGAACUAUACAGUCCGAUACCGUUGCAUCGAUAAUAUUUUUAAAUAUUCUGUUGUGAAGACACAAGAAUUAAAAGAUGCCAUUUAUUUUAGAAACCAGAUACAAACAUGAGGUCUUAGUUGACAAUGAGCCAGUUCUGUACGAAAUCUUAGAUGCCUGCCCUAAGCUUCAUUUACGAGAAGUGACAGCCGAGGAAGGCGCAACACUAGCCAGAACGUUCGAAUGCGGCUUUUCAGAAGUGGCUGCUGCGGAAAUGGUCGCUCCAGUAGCUGUCGUUUUUCAAGAACUGUGCAGAGCAGUGCUCGCUUCCAGAAGGAAAUCGAAGCAUUCCCUUUUAGAGCGGAUAAUGCUUGGGACGAAGCCUGGAAACUUGAGGUUGUACGUGCGGGGGAAAAGUGACAGCGCUUUGCCGAAAGAUUGACAGCAGGGAUUUGGAUUUAUGAGGAAUUUGUCAGUAAUUUUUUCAGGCAUGUGUUGUCUUUGACAAAUGAAGAUCGAUAGAGGUUGGAAUGCGGGUUCAUAGAGAUUUGUUCGCGAUGUUCAGAGCUAGCUAAAAAAUGCACAUUUUUUACUAUCGCACAUCUAGUUUGUAGCUGUUUGAAUCGAAUUGUAAAUUGUAGUAACAAACACAAAUUUAUAGUUUUUUUUUAUCUACUUAGCGCGUAUAUAGUUGUUCGUGUUUAGUCUAUCUAAGAAUAUUGUUGUCUUCACGUUUCUAGGAUGACUUUCAAUUAAUAAGUGGAUCUAAACUAAAUGGACAAAAUGGAGUAUUAUAAACUCCAAAUCAAGACUUUUGAAACGAUGAUGAAAUAGAUAUAUUUUUUACUUACUCGAGUGUCCAUCUAAUUGUGUCAUUUCUAAUAUAAUAAUAAUGAUAAGUUAGAUCGUCUUGUUGUCUAAGUUAUUAGAUUCUAACAAAUACUUUUUCAAUUCAUAUACAGGGUGCGGCAGAGAGGACGGAUGUUUUCGGCCACCACAUACCUGAUGUGAUUUUCCACACUUGACUGUCUCAAAUGCUAUUUCCUUGUGAACCUGAUUCCAUCAAUAAAUUUGUUUACGAGUAAAAAUUAACUAUUUUACGAUUUUUUUAAAACCGUCCAUCCUCUCUGCCGCACCCUGUAUAAGCAGUCAUAUUCGUGUACUUUUUAAUUUGAGAAUUUGUAUAAUUGUUGUGAAUAAAAAGUACCUCCAUCAUAAUUUUAGUGAAUAAGUGAAUGUGACAUGAAUCUGGAACACGGUUUAUUCGGAAUAGAAUCCAAUUAACCUUAUGUACAAACUACAAAGUUGUGACUGGAAAUACCUUCAGAUACUUGAAUAAACUAUAUGUUCUUCGUAUUUUCUCAUUUUUUAUUAUAACUUAAUAGAGCUUAAGCGUCGGUUAAACCGUGUGAUCUAAUAAAUUUUUACAGAACUAA